UGUAAAGUAGCCUACAAGCAAGAUGGCGACGCCCGAGGAGGCACAUGACUCUACUCCCGAGGCAGAAAUAACGAACGUUUUAGAGCAGAAUGACGAGCUUGAUGACGAGCCUCCACCACCAAAGAUCCGAGACACUCCAGAAGACAUUAAGCAAGAGGCUAUCGUUAAUACCCUGGCUUUCCAUCCUCACGAAGACAUCCUUGCUGCUGGAGACAUUGAUGGAGACAUAUAUUUAUACAGCUACUCUUGUACUGAGGGGGAGAACAAAGAGCUGUGGUCCUCUGGGCAUCACCUCAAGUCAUGCAGGAAGGUUGCCUUCUCAAGUGAUGGUGAAAAAUUAUUCAGUGUGUCCAAAGACAAGGCUGUUCACAUAAUGGAUGUACAAGCUGGAAAGCUUGUGACACGUAUUCCUAAAGCUCACAGCAAGCCCAUCAAUGCCUUGCUGUUGGUUGAUGAGAAUGUGGUUGCCACCGGUGACGAUGAGGGUACACUGAAAGUGUGGGACAUGAGAAAAGGCACUUCAUUCAUGUCUCUGAAACACCAUGAGGAUUACAUCAGUGAUAUUGCUGUAGAUCAGGCCAAGAAGACAUUGCUUACCUCCAGUGGUGAUGGAACGAUGGGUGUGUUCAGCAUAAAAAGGAGAAGAUUUGAACUGCUUUCUGAGUUUCAGGAUGGAGAUCUUACUUCUGUUUCCAUUAUGAAAAGAGGCCGAAAAGUGGUGUGCGGAUCCGGUGAAGGUACAAUAUAUAUUUUCAACUGGAAUGGAUUUGGGGCCACCAGUGACCGAUUUGCUGUCCAGGCGGAGUCCAUUGACUCCAUUGUACCAAUUACAGACAGUUUGCUGUGUGCUGCCUCUAUGGAUGGAUUCAUCAGAGCCAUCAGCAUUUUGCCCAACCGAGUAGUUGGCAGCGUAGGUCAACAUGCCGGUGAGCCUAUCGAAGAGAUUGCUUGUUCACGGGACACACGCUUUGUUGCCAGCUGUGCUCACGACCAGCUUAUAAAGUUCUGGGAUGUUUCCAGUCUGCACAAAACGGCAGUUAGUGAUUACCGACGACGGAAAAAGAAGGACGGACGACUCAAGGCGCUUAGUAGUAAGGCAUUUGGUGGAGGAGGGGAUUUUUUUUCUGGACUACUGGAUACAACUGAGGAAACUGAUAAAACAGAGGAAGUGGAGGAUGAUGACAGUGAUGAAGAGGAUGACAGUGAGAGCGACUGAAGGACUCAUUUUUACGUGCUGGAUGUGUUUCAGUUGAACUGUAUAAUUAAGGUGUGUCGUACGAUCAUACGUUCAGAGACCUCAGUUCUGCCAUUGGUGCAUUUGCUUUUGUUGUGUGAUUAUGUGGAUAUUUGUUCUGUCUACUCUUGAGCAGCCAAGGAGCUGCAUCGUUGUGGUAAAAGUUGCUUUGUUGUCAUUAUCUGCCAUUAUAAUGUGUCUUUACUUGACAAUGACCUGGCCAUGACAGUGGGAGUGACUGAAGGGCUUCUUUUUUAUGUUCUGGUCAUUUUUUGUCAAUUACAUUACCUAUGUAUUGUUUUACAAGCUAAAGUUUAGUUAACUCACCUAAAUCAUUGUCUACUGCAAGACUAUCAUUAAUAGACCAACCUUUUUUUUCCAUAUCAGCUAUUUAACAUUAAUGCAAUGUUCUUAAUGCCAUUUUAAAUAGUUGACAUGGAAAAAAAACCUUUACAUGCUUUCAAGCAGGCAACAAGCAAUGUUGUAUGUAUAGUUGUGGUCUGUUUUUGCCAGAUGUCCAUGGAUCAUAUACAUAAAUCAUCCAGGCUUAUGGUUCAAAUUCUUCUCAAUUGACCUUAGAAAGAUUAGUGCCAACACAGUUGUCUUUAUAUUUUCUACAUGUACUGUACACCACCGGAAGUGCAGUCUUUGUGGAAUUUGUUUGCGCUGCUUGUUUGACCAGUGGGUCAGCUAGGCCAUACAAACAGUUGAUUCUCAAAAUACAUCCGUUUGUGGCUAAAUAUUGACUUGGGUUUUAUAACCAGUAUAAGUCCUGAUAGAAUAUUUUGUAGAAGCAAUAGAUGUACAUUACUGUGCAAAACUCAGAGACCACCCUUCAUGUUUUUCCCAGACAAAAAGUUCUAGUAGGUUUUCAGCGUCAGAAAAAGCAGAUUUAAAAGAAAAUAACACGUUUCAAAAACUGCCUGAAUUCACAAAUGUAUUACUUCAUGCGUUCACUCUUUGCCUGCCUUUGUUUGUUCAGUUCAGUUGCUUACAUUUUCUGCUUCUCAAAAUCAAACUUGUUCAGUGAUGUUGAGGUCUGGACUUGAGCUGACUGACAACUACACAUCCUUUCAGACGGAGUGUUGUCUUCUCACAGUGGAAGGAUACACUGAUUUUUUAUUUUUUCCCCCAGAUCAUAAGAUUGGAACUUGAUUUUCUUUUGUUUUGCAAAGAGUUUUGUUGGUCUACCACAUCUUGUGCUUGUCUGUAUCUGUGAGAAAUACUUUUAAGCUCAUUUCUUUUCUUUUCCUUUGACUGUCCCCUUCCUUAUCCAGUGGGUUAUUUUAUGGUUAAUGAAAAUGACAAACUUGCACUUGGGUCGUCUCUGACUUUUCUACAGAAAAGUUUUCAGGAAAUAAAUUGCAUAAAGGAAAAUAGCUGAAGGUAAAACUAAUGGAGGUGUGCACGUUAACUGUGCUAUAAUGUUACACUACAGAUGUGACACAAGAUUUGUUCCGGUUCCCUUUAAAUCUUAAGUAACAUUCCACAGUUCAGAGAUGUCACUGUGGAACUUUGAACUGCAGGAAGCUAUCCAGAGAUGGCCCUACUUACACCAUCUUUCACAGUAAUGCUUUUAGCAUUGUGAAAAAUACAUUUUCUUUCUCAUCCAUAGUCAUCCCAGUAAAGUGUUGGGUGGUGUUUUUCACAUGUGCUGUUUGUUUUUGUCUUCUGCAUGAUGUGUUGCAUUGGGACAUAUCUGUACUCACACUUUGAAAAAUAAUAAAAUAUUUAUAUCCAGCACCAGAACGUUACUUUUAGCUUACUUUUCCCUCAACACUGAAUGCUUCCCAACUCUAAGUAGGUCUAACCCUAACCCUUUUUCAUAUAGUUGAAGUUGGCUAAACAAUACUGUUCGGCAAAAGUGGGUAACGUAGCCUAAACCAUACUCAAGUAAAAAUAUUAUUAAAGUAAAAUAAAUGUUACUGUCCUCAGAAGUUCUGUGUUCCCGCCCCUUCAUCAGUCUUGCCUCCGACUACUUUGGAAAUCUGUAUACUUCACAAUAAAAGAGAAACAGGGUCAGAUUCAGUUGAGAUGCGAGAGUGACUGAUGAGAUGUGAUCCGUUGAGAUUUGUUUCCAAAUUUGUUCACAAUUCCUUCAAAUGUCAAGUUUUUCAGAAAAAAUAAUAUUGUAUAAUAUGGUAUAAUAGUGGUAUGAUGAUCAUUUGCUUGAUUGUUAGAAGAAAACUGGAAGUAGCACAGUGCAAUGUGAUAAACACCAUCAGUUGCAACAUUUCUUUAUUCAGGAACAUAUUUUGCCAUUGGUGGUUUUGACCUGCCCCCUUUUUCAUUUUUUUUUGAUUCAACAGUAAAAAAGAAGGAAAAAAACCAAACAGUCAAACUUACAUAAAUAUAAUAACACAAAACAAGAUUUAUGGACAAAAUUUUUGUGACUUCUCAACAGGAAUGUGUUGCAAUAAACCUUAGGACUGUACGCAAACUAAAUGGUGGUGAGGGAACUGACUGUUGACUUUCUCCAGUGUGUCUGAUUCUCUAGAAUCUUUAAACUCUUCCUUUUGCCUUGUUGGGUAUGUGUUACUG